CGGAACGAGGGAACUCGUACGCAACAUCGGUCAUUCUACCCAUCUGCCGAUGCCGUUCGCACGAUAUCUUGCUUCAGUCGCACUGCGAUUUCCAUCCUAUCCUGCACUGAGUCUCGCAUCUGGAGCAAUCUGUGCCUCGAACUUGCUCAGUGGUUUCAAGACACCAACCGGCCAGCUAUGGAUUCCCAGACCCUUCAAGACGCUCAGAUCUUUACCUUCUUUGUCUGCAUCGUGACUAUCUGUUUCUCCACUCGCACACUCAAGUCGGUCAAAUGGAAGGAGGCCUUCAACGUGCGACGGGGCCCACAGAUCCACACCAUGAUGGCUCUGGCGAUAAUCUGCGUCGCCCUGUGCUGCACAGGCUAUCUCUUGAUGCUCUACGACCCCUGCUACUCCAACCCUGUGUGCUAUCAACUCGUCAACUUCCUCUAUGCACUUGGCGAUGGCGUCGGCUCCGCUGCCACAGGAUGGGCUUUCCUCUUGCGCCUGAGGGCCAUGAACACCACCAACGAACCGACAAGCAACUGGCUCUUCCUGCUUGGCAUCAUGCCGAUCGCCUACAUUGCCAACGAUGUGUGCUUCAUCCUGAGUACCUUUGGUGUCAUAUCGCUCGCCCAGCUCUGGACCAACAGCGUCGGCUUCGGUCUGGCUCUGGAGGCCAAUCUGGUGUGCCUGCACCUCUUGAUGAUUUAUCGACUCUACUCUCUCAGAUUCUCCAUCCGCACGAUUGGAAGACAGACAACCAGCAAGGGACAGCCCUCGGGUGCCACCAACAUGUCCGCAGAGAAAAUCAAAGCUCUGGAGCGCGAAGGCUUGACGCUGGUUGCUGCGAUUGCGGCUGAAAUCGUGGUUGCCAUCGUCUGCAUUGUCUACUCAGAGCACGAUCCCACGGGCCUCAUUGGGACGGUGAUCUGCAUUUUCAUCUGGGCCGUGGACAUGUACCUCUUCUGUGCCAUCGACAGCUACGUCACCAAUCUGAUCGAAUCGUCAGGGGGUGUGUCGGGCCGAAGCUCCGUGUCGGCUCAAAGCCAAACUCCAACACUCACGAUGGGAGGUGUCGGCGGCCGGCCCAUCCUGUCGACUGCCCGGGCGAGCGUGUGCCGAUCUGGUGGCACUGGCGACAGCAUUGAGACUGCUUAGCAAUCAGGUUCGCUGACUCUUGGCUGGAAGGGCAAUAUAUGGCCAUGGUCCGGAUGCAUCC